AUGGAAUUGGUCUUAGUCUCGCCUAUCGAGCAGUGCCGAGACUUUCAUUUGGCUGACUCUCUUGAGUUUCUGAGGUCAAAGCUGCUUAUGACUAUGGCCAGGUGUAUCGGCUACAAUGGUAGCGAUUGGCUUGACGCCUUCGUAGCUGUCUAA